UUGGAUAACGUGGCGCGCGAGCCCUGCGCGGGGCGUGCGGCAGGUGACGUUCUGUGGCACCGGCCCGCGAAGCACGAGAUUCGUGCGGCCAGCGUCGUUCGCACAAUUGACAGGACGCCAGGCUGACCGUUGUCUUCGAGCCACACUUCACCGGCAGUGACGCUAUGAUGCCAGGCUCGGACAAAUUCGGAGGAAACUCCGAGAAACUUACAAACCGUGGCGACGGAGCUACAACGAUGCCGGUGACGACGUCAACGCGACAUCGGGGUGGCACAUCUACCUUUGCGUCGGGCGGUACGGGAAGCUUGAGCUCGGCGAGCAGGUCGUCGCCUGCGACGUCGACCACGAGCAGCUCGGAGGAGGAAGAGCCUACAAGCAUGAGCUCCGAGGGGACGUCUAUGUCGCCCCAAAAACGAAAAGAGAUGAUGCGACAGAAGAAAAGUUCUGCGGUGAAAGUUUUGGUUACCUUGUUUCCAAGGAUACCGAAGGUGACCACGGUGCUGCUGGAGUUCUUCAUCAAGCGCGAGAACAAGGUAUCGCUGCUUCGCGACCCGCUGUCACAUUUCUGCCAGGAGCAGUCGGUACUGGCGGCACAGGACUGUCUGCAGAAGCUGCACCGGCAGUUCAUCACGUACCAGGACAUCCGCGACAUGGUCGAGAAUCUGAUGGGGCUCCACAGCCUGUGCCUGAAGCGGGCGCCCGUCACGGCACGCAGCCUCGGCCUGGUCAUCCGCAAGCUAACCAUCAUCGUUGGUGAGCUGGCCACUUCUCUCGAGAAGAUCUCCGAGGUGCCCGUUACCGACUGGAUGGCUGUUGGGGACGCGGUCGUCACGCGCACCGACAAGAUGAGAAUUGAAGAACAGGCCCCAUUCACUGAAUUCAUUCCGAGGACCCGAGAUAUUGAGCCUGUGAAGCUUCUCGGGGCAGGCGGCUUUGGCGCCGUAUACAAGGCCCGAUACAAGCCGGCCAACCUUAUCUGCACGGUGAAGCUGAUCGCCUCAGACCGAUUUAAUCGACCCAAGCAGGCUUGUAUUGACAAGGUGGUUGCGUCCGUUGUGCGGAGCCCUUUUCUUGUCAAGUACUACGUAUGCUUCGCCACAAAGGACGCGUAUGUGACAGUGAUGGAAUACGUGUGUGGCGUGGACCUGAUGCGCGUGGUGGAGCGCGCCAUGUUCUUGCCCAUCGACCAGGUGCGCGUCAUUAUGGCCCAGCUCAUCUUGGCCGUAGAGCAUUUGCACCUCAAGGGCUUCUUGCACCGGGACAUUAAGGUGUCCAACAUGCUCAUGAUUCCCGGAGGAAGAGUCAAGCUCAUAGAUUUUGACACCAAUAAAGUUUGCCUAGGACAUUUUACGAAACGUGUCAUGCGGGGCUACUUCCGGCGAACCCCGUUCGAAUUCAGGGAUGGAGAAUCCGCCGGGACUAUUCCCUAUAUGGCUCCUGAAAUUCUCAAACGAAGGCCGUAUGGCCGCGCUUGCGACUGGUGGUCCGGUGGUGUGGUAUUCUACAAGCUCAUGACCGGUCGGGUGCCGUUCCGAGGCAAGACCAAGAAGUUGCUUCGCGACCGCAUCAUUGCGUCGCCCCUCAAAUGGCCGAAAGUGAGCGAACACCCGCACUCGGCCAACACCACCGCCAAAGACAUGGUCUACCUGUUGCUCAAGAAGAACCCCGUUGAACGGCUCGGCUCCAAGCAGUACCGCGACAUCAAGUCGCAUUCUUUCUUCGACGACUUCGACUGGAACCGGCUGCGUUCAACUAACAGCCUUUGCAAUGUCCCUGCAAUCUUCGAGCUCAUGCAGAUAUCGCCGCCCUCAGAUCCAACUAGCCACGUGGCUGAACACAGCACGCUAAAUCUGUCCCCCGGAGCUACGACUUCGACAAAGAAGCGCAAGCUGAUCAAACUAGAGGAGCUCACCGACAUGGACAGCUCGUUGCAAAGACCACUCUUCACGUACGCGUCAUCGGGUUACAAGCGACUCGCCUCCAUGCUGAGGGACAGUGAAGACCCGGUGUCCGUCAAUGAAUCUUUUAUGGGCGAAUCGAACGUGUCGUCAUCCGAAAUCGACUACCAGAAGACGACCGACGCGGAAUCCAACUACGGUUUUACCGGCUUUUCGAAAACGGACACAUUCAGCCGAAGCCGUAGAGCGACCGAGAAACUAGACCUGAUAUUGUUCCGCAAGAAAAGCUUCGGAAGAUUCUGGAGUUUCGGAGUCAACUUGGAAGCAGUGACAGGCGAAGGAGGAGCAAACUUCUACAUUGUCGAGAGCGUGAAGCGAGGCAGCCCUGCUCAGAGGUCCCAAAUCCUGGUCGGCGAUGUGGUGGUCGCCGUCAACGGCACAAAGCUCGCCGGACUGCCUCUCAACAUCGUCCGGAAGAUCAUGAACGCCUCCGGGGACCAGCUUGUCCUCACCGUGCUGUCGUCCAGUCCGUACAGAAUCAUAAACACCAGGCAGGACAUGAACAACAUCCUUCAGUCAUGUGGCCGACAGACGCUAACCCUGUCUCUCGUGCGAGCCGGGUGCCGCAAAGGGGCGUGGUAUGGUUUCACGACGUUCGAGGCGAAAACCUGGGACCAGCAGCAAAAGGCUUUCAGCCGUCUGCAUAUUGUGCAGCGCGCCAAGGACGUGCGUGUGCAGACCGUGGGCCAGAACCUGUUUCCCGGGGACGUGCUGACGCACGUGGACGCCACACCGGCGGACAAGAUGAGCCACUCGAUCCUACGUCAGUACCUGGCCAAGGCGCGGCCCGAGAUCCAGAUCACUAUUGCUCCUCUGUCGCCCCUGCGACGCAAGCGGCCCUCGUCCACGCGACUCCACGAGACAUUCAUGUCCGACGACAGCGUCGGCGAACCCAGCAGCGUGGCCGCCGAAAUCAACGACUGACGAAGUCUACUGAGGAUGGAAAGGGUUGUGGGCUACAAGCACGCGCUCUAGCGCACUAGUUCAUCGUUUGUACCUUUUCUUUUGUUCGAGACAACCGUUCUCGUGAGCCUGUUUCAUUAAAAUUUCACACCAAA